GCCACUUUUAAUGGUGAACAAAGGAGCCGUCUCGUUGUUUUUCUUUGUUUUGUAUACAAUUAUUAUUAACUCCUUUUCCUGACAAACAGCGCGUGUCACUAUUUUUGUCAGCCCGCGUGACCAACGUAAAAUUCCUCAAAAUACAUCAUUACUGCUGUUGACCCCCUGGGUUAUUUGCCCUUUUGGGCUGAUAAAUACAGGAAAAUCACAUUUGCCAACAGUUCACUCCUUUAGAAGGACCUCGCUUUUUUUAACUUGCAGUGACAUUACAGUUCUCUUCAGUUUUCUUGUAGGUAACCACAAAAAUGGCUGACUCUCGCAAGGUUCAACUCAGAAAGAGAUUCUGCGGCAAAACUGGCAGUGUUUUGUCGAUGCUUUUUAUGACCUCUUCGUUCUUUCUGGUUGAAAUUAUUGUGGGUUAUGCGACGAAUUCAAUGGCGCUUGUAGCCGAUUCGUUUCACAUGUUAUCGGACGUUUUGUCACUGCUGAUCGGAUUUUUUGCCUUGCGGUACUCUAAGCGCAGUCAGCGAACUGAAAGAAACACAUUUGGAUGGCAAAGAGCUGAAGUAUUGGGAGCUUUGGUGAACGCUGUGUUCUUGAUUGCACUGUGCUUUUCCAUCCUUGUCGAGUCGCUGAAGCGAUUAGUCGAGACAGAAGAGAUCCACAACCCUAUUCUCGUUCUUAUUGUGGGAGUCGCUGGUUUGUUGAUAAACGUAGUCGGUUUGAUUCUCUUCCAUAAACAUGGACACGGGCAUAGCCAUGGAGGAGGAGGACAUGGACAUAGCCAUGGAGCCCAGAAUGGAACUGAUCUGAAAGAUCUAUUGGUAUCCAACAAUGGUAAAACCACAGGAAUGGAGCGGAAGUCGAGCAAUUCGUCCGAAGAUGAAAAUGAAUUGAUCAGCGAAAUUUCAAAUGGCGUCGUACCAGAAGCAGUUUUCUUGUCAGAAGGAAAUGGGAAGGUCCACACAGUUGUUUCAAAAUCAAACACUUCUCAAAUGAAAGUCAAGUCUAGCUCUCAGCUUAACAUGCGCGGUGUAUACCUCCAUGUCCUUGGUGAUGCCUUGGGGUCUGUCAUUGUUAUCAUCAGUGCUUUGAUAAUCAAGUAUGCCUCUGGUAAAUGGACAGUUUAUGUGGAUCCAGGCAUGAGUAUUAUCAUGGUUCUACUUAUUCUGAAGACAUCCAUCCCCCUGAUGCGUGAAUCGUCCCUGAUCUUGCUUCAAACUGUUCCCACACACAUCAAGAUCAAAGAGGUACAAGAUCGACUGUUGGACAACGUGGAAGGCGUGCUGAGUGUGCAUGAAUUUCAUGUUUGGCAAUUGGCUGGGAAUAAGAUUAUUGCAUCAGCCCAUAUAACCUGCCGUUCUCCAGAUGAAUACAUGAACAUUGCCAACAAAAUAAAGAGGUUCUUUCACAAUGAAGGCAUUCACUCUACAACUAUCCAACCAGAGUUUGUUGUGGAAAAUGAAACAGACAGCCAGUGUGCCUUGGAGUGUGGGAAAGAUGAGAACUGCGCUGCACAGAAAUGUUGCCCAGGUGAAAAUGAAACAGAGAUGCGCAAACGUGGCGCUUGCCUAACAGAUGGGAAGGGUGAGCUAAUAAAUCAUGAAACAAUGGUAUAAAAGUGUCAACAUCUAUAUGUACAGAUUGUAGGAUGAUAUGCAAUAAAUUUUUAUGAACUGGGGACAUUCAUUCAUUCAACUCUUUAAGUAUCAACUCAUUGGACUUGAACUGUCUGCCAUACAUUUCUAAGCUCUGAGAAUUUGUUUUUCAAUGAGCAUUAUCCCCCAGUGUGAUGUUCUCUCUGUCUGAACAGUGUAUUGAAGUUGUAAGGAGAUUUUUCAUAUUGGUCACUCCUGGGAUUGAAGGGCUUAAAUGUAUUUUGUAAAUAUUUAUACCUUUCACUCCCAAGAUCUUAUUACUAAUUCCCCUUACUGACCACAAUACAUUUUUUUGUGAUGAGAAUUUGGUUUUGGAUUAACUGAUCCCCUAAUUGGUAUUUUUCUUUAUUCUCAUCACUUGUGAGCUUGAUGUGGUAUUGAAAUAUUGUUAAGAGAAAUUCUAUCAGACUCUCAUUGCAGGGAAAGUUUUAAUUGAGAAAAUGUAGUAGAUACAUGUAAGCUGCUUAGUAGUUCGUUACUCUUAGCUUUUGGUGAAUUUUCAGCCAAAUUUGUUUUGCAAAGGUUAAUGUAAUCUGAUUGCAUGUUCAGAUCACAUAGAGGAAAGUGAUCCUGAAAAGCACUGCUGUUAGUCAUAGUGACUAGCAUUUUGACAACCUUGGUGGAAGUCAGCAGUCAGAAUGACUUUUCAUCCCUUGAGUGAAAUGUUAGCUUCUGCUGAGCUUGUUGAAGUGUCAGUUGCCACUGCUCCUACUGACAUCAGCCCUUCCUUCCACUCCAACUAGACAAAUAAACUAUGCAAUCAAAUGUAACUCCUGGGAGCAAACUGUGCUAUUAAUAAAAAUUAAUUUUAGUAUUUUCUUAAAUAUAACAUUAUGGUACAUGACAUAUAUUUAAACUGAGUUGUCACACAACAAAUUACAUUAAUUAUAACAGCCUUUUAA